UCCCAGCGUGGCGCGGAGUUCUGUGCAGUGGCGUCUUAGUGGGUUGUGCAGCAUGUCUAGUGCCGGAGGUGAUACCCAGAGGGACGCUGGGAGAAAGGAUACUGCUGCUGCCGCCGGYUCAUUCAGCUUCAGCCCGGAACCCACGCUGGAGGACAUCCGGCGUCUCCAUGCAGAGUUUGCUGCAGAGCGGGACUGGGACCAGUUCCACCAGCCUCGGAACCUCCUACUGGCCUUGGUCGGGGAAGUGGGAGAGCUGGCAGAACUCUUUCAGUGGAAGUCUGAUGCAGAACCUGGCCCCAAAGCCUGGCCCCUAAGGGAACGGGCAGCCCUUCAAGAAGAGCUUAGUGAUGUCCUCAUCUAUCUGGUGGCAUUAGCAGCCCGUUGCCAUGUGGAUCUGCCCCAAGCAGUGCUCUCCAAAAUGGAUACCAACCGGCGACGUUACCCCGUUCAUCUGUCACGUGGCUCAGCCCGCAAGUAUACAGACUUGUCCCAUGGGGCCAUCUCUGAAGACCAGACUAUGGGUCCUGCAGACCUUGCCCAUGAGUCCUCAAGCCAGACCUCAACAUAGAAACAUGGGAUCAGAACCUGCAACUCAGCAUGGCACCUGAGAAGCAGAGGGUGGCCUGGCUACAGAACUUAUUAAUUAGUCCUUUCCUAACAAAUCAGGGCUUAAGGGUCCCAUUUCCCAGUUUUCAAGGCCCAAGAGCCUCCAGAAGAUAGCCUUCUGGUGUUUUCUCCCCCAAUAAAAUGGUUUUAACUUCUCGA